UGAUUUGUGUCGCUUUGUGUCGACAUGGCAGAGGAGAAGCUGCGAGGCUGGGACUUUUGGAAGUCCAUUGGCUCACCGAAAUAUGUCUGUGCACCCAUGGUGGAUCAGUCAGAGCUGGCCUUCCGCAUGCUUUGUCGUCGGUAUGGUACUGAGUUAGCGUACACGCCGAUGCUGCACUCGCGCAUGUUCUCGACACAGCCGAAGUACCGCAAGGAGCAAUUUUCCACCUGCCCGGAGGACCGACCGGUCUUCGCACAGUUCUGUGGAGACGACCCUCAGACCGUGCUGGCAGCAGCAAAGCUGUUGCCUCCGGGGAGUGUUGAUGCGGUCGAUUUGAAUUGCGGAUGUCCUCAGGGCAUUGCUCGCAAAGGGCAUUAUGGAGCGUACCUGCUCUCUGAGCCGGAUGUGAUUGAGGGCAUUGUCAGCACCCUGGAUAAGGAAUUGUCGGUCCCUUCAACGGUGAAAAUCCGCUUAGUCAACAAUCACGAGCUGCAGGACACCUUAAACUUGGUCUCCCGAUUGGAGGCUGCUGGCGCAUCUGUGCUAUGCCUGCAUGGUAGGACCAAGGAGAUGAAGGGUCAAUUCACCGGGCCCGCGGACUGGGAUGCCAUCGCAGCUGUUCGGAAACGCGUGGGAAUCCCAUUGAUUGCCAACGGCGGCAUUCAGACGUUCCAAGAUGUGGAGCGCUGCCUCCAAGCCACGGGCGCCAAUGCGGUCAUGUCCUCGGAAGCUUUAUUGGAAUAUCCUGCGCUCUUCUGUCCUACGAGGUCGGUCUACCAAGACGAGCUUGCCUUGGAGUACUUGGAACUGGCCAAGUUGUACCAAACACCUCACAAGCAGAUCAAGGCGCAUAUGUUCCAUUUCCUCUAUGCAGGUUUACAGCUCCACACGGAUCUGCGUCAAGCCUUUGGGGAGGCCAAAGGAUGGGACCAGAUCAACGCCGCAGCGAUGGCAUUCCAAGAGCGCAGGAGACAGGAUCGAGAGCUAGGUAAUCCAUGGCCGGAUAAGGGCUGGUACAUGCGCUAUCGCGAGCCUUUGGGGAAGAAGCGCAAAGCCGACGACGCCGCCGGAGCGACCGAGGCCUCUCCAAAAGGAGAUGAUGUCAAGGUGCCCCGCACCGAGCCGAACACGCCGGAGAGCAACGAAGCUGAGUCCGUUUAGGUCAAUGCUGUCGCGGCAGACUUGUACAGCGCGCGAUGUGGGUGGUGAUGGAUCAAGUUUCAUAUCAGUUGC